AUGAAUUCAAAUAAACGUAAAGGUGGUGCAGAGAAAAUCCGAGAAAAAAAAAUGAAACUGUUGGCAUCAGUAGGAAAAAAAUGUACCAAAAUGUAUGAUUUUUUCAAAGUAAAAAAUGAAACAUACUCAUCAAGUAAUAAGGAGCUUACAGAAUCUACUGUUGGAGAGUUGUUUAUACAUACCAGUGCUGAAAUCACUGAACAUAGUUUAAAAUCUGAUCAGGUUACUGUAGAAAAUGACAAUUUAUCAUUAACRAAUUCUUUUGUGAAACAAUUAGAAACAGAAACUACAGGUCAAACUUCUAACAUAAACGAUCCAAUUCAUUCUCUACCUACCAACAGACUUGAACUAAAAGAAAGAAUACUCAAAGGGCCUUAUCGUCCAGUUUUGUCAUUAUUCCCAAGAACUAAACAAGGACAAUAUUUCCGGUCAUUUCAAGAAUGUUGGUAUAAAGAAUUCAAAUGGCUUGAAUAUAGUAUUGUAGCUGACGCAGUAUUUUGUUUUCCUUGUCGCUGUUUUUCUGGUAAUGAGGGAAACUCUAGUCAAUUAGAAAAUGUUUUUUCUAAAAUUGGUUUUAAAAAUUGGUAUAGAGCUAUAGAUAGGUUCAAAAAACAUCAACAAUCAAAAGCUCAUAUUAACAGCGCUAAAUCAUUAUCUGAAUUUUUAAAUUCUAAAUCUAUUGAUGAGAUAAUAGAUUCUAACGUGAAAUUAGUUAUGCAAAAACGUGAGAUURAACAGUCUAAUAAUCGUAAAAUUAUGGAACGAUUAAUAAAUAUUACAAUAUGUCUUGCUAAAGGAGGACGACCAUUUCGUGGCCAUAAUGAAAAAAAUGAUAGUCACCAGCAAGGUCUCUUCAGAGAAUUAGUCAACUUAUUAGUUAAAUAUGAUGAUGUUUUGAAAAACCAUAUAAAUUUUGGAGCUAAAAAUGCUCAAUAUAUUAGCAACAGAAUUCAAAAUGACAUAACAUUUUCAAUUCAUAAACACAAUAAAUUGUCAAUAGUUAUUCGUUAUUUUGAUCCUGCGACUAAUCGACCAGUUGAAAGUUUUAUAACAUUAAAAAAGAUGAUUUCUGUUACUGCUAAUUCAAUUUUUCAAACUAUAAAUGACGUUGUAACUAUUGAAUUAGGGUUACAAUGGGCUUCAGUACUUUCAGUAUGUUUUGAUGGUGCAUCAACAAUGGCAGGGAAUAUUGGAGGAGUUCAAGCAAAAUGCAAAGAAAAGAAUAGUAAUAUUUUAUAUGUGCAUUGUUAUGCACACUGUUUAAACUUAUCAUUAAUUGAUUCUAUAUGCGCUAGUUCUACAAGUAAAGGAGAAGUUAAGAAAGAUAGAACUGUAUUUAACUUUUUGGGCACUGUACAGUUUGUUUACUCGUUUAUUGAAGGUAGUCCAAUGCGACAUGCUGUGUUUGAAAAAAUAUCAAAAGAAAAUGGUGGAUCUGUACAAACGUUAAAAUCAUGUUCAACGACCAGAUGGGCAUGUCGAGCAGAAGCCGUAAGUGCUAUUAAAAAUAAUUAUUUGGUAUUACUUAGAACUUUAAAAGAAAUAAUUUCUAAUUGUUCAGCACCUGAAAUGAGAGCCAAAGGUCAAGGCCUCUUAUAUCAACUAAAAAGAUUAGACUCUAGAUUUAAACAAGAUAGAUUAGACUUAAUACAUUGUGUUGGAAUGUUGACAAAUCUAAGUACUGAGAUAGAAACUACAAGUUAUGAGUUAUUGUCUAAAUAUUUUGGUAUUUUAACUGAAGAAUUGCACGCUGAAGUUAAAAUUUUAGGUGCUAUUAAAACUAAUACACCAAAGGGAACAAAUUCUGUUUCAGUGUUUAAUUGGCUUGAUUGGUUAA